CAUGCAAAAUAAAAGAGAUAACCAAACCAAAGUGUAACCGAACUAAUUCCGACUGAUCUGAACCAUACCUGAAAAGAACCAAUUCUAGUGACUAGCUCUUGGACUAAACAUUCUGGUGUAACAUGUGGUUAUGAUUUCUCAUCCCACAUGGACAGUCGACUUGAAAUGAAGUUGAAACUAAGAGUUUGGUAGUAAGAAAACAAGAUACGAAGAUACCUAAUCGUAAUGUAAUGGGACAUUAUUGACUCGUCCAUCAGGAACUCGGACAUUUUUUUUUUGAAACACAUUCAUAUUAUUAUAUAGACUCGCCAAUGUUUGUUGGGGCCAUUAAUACAAUUUCAGCACAUAAAAUCUGCUCGGACAUUACCCGCGGUAAAAUAUAAGUAAAAUAAAUUUCUUACAUAUGCUUGCGGAAUCUCAAAUUCUACAAUCCUAGAUUUUUGGGGAAGAUCAUCUACGAGCUUCUAGCUACAUUAAGUGAACAUAUAAAAAAAGAAGAAGUAAAAAGUGAACAUAAUAAUUUGCCAAACCCCCAAAAAAAAAGAAAGAAAAGUUACCUUGUUCCACACGGGGCCAAGUUAGUAGGUCCACCGUUAUGACAAGAUCUUUCCUUCCAAGCCUCAUCAAUGACAUCGGGAUGUUUAUUGUUUCGUACACUAGACAAUUCCCAUUUUCAUAAUAUUCUGCUUUAUAUUCUUCUUUUUUUUCUUGUUUUUUUUUUGAGAAAUGCUUUAUAUUCAUGCGGAUUUAUUAUUUCUUAUGAAAUACAGCAAAGCGAUAAAUCAAGCAAAAAUUAGAUUAUUAUGGACAUCGAAAUAAUGUGAAAGUUGAAAGUAAAUGUCAGAAAUAAAAUUACUCAAAUCGGUAGAAUAAUACGAGCAAAAUAUGUAACGUGCAGGUCUCAAUGCGUGUCUUAUAUGACUUUCGUCUUUCGUAAUCUGCGUUAGUUAUAAACUAUGCACAACAGUUAUCUAAUAAUUUAUUUGUUUCUACAGGGAGUUAAGCACUUUGCGUUACCAAACAGUUUUAACCGAGUAAUAAUUUAUCUAAAUUUUGUUACCCAGACGGCUAGACCUUACUUGACCUCCACGAUGUUAACUAUCAGUGUUAUUAAAAGACAUUACGAGAUACUCGAAAGAUUCUCAAGUCACACAAGCAAAUAUGAUCAUGAUCGAAGUUAUUAAUAUAAACUGUAGAAUAUAUAUUACUAUACGACGCUCGCCUAAUUGACAUUUGACACAGUCCAACUAAGAAUCCCACUAUGAUUUUAUGAAAUCAAUUAAUCUAAACAUGAAAAGAUAUAAAAGAUUUAGAAACAACAUGGAGGAUUGUUAAUGCGAUAGUUGUAAUCAUCACACAUGUCAGGAAGCUCCAUGGAAACUCAAAAUAUUAUAUUCAAAUACACGUAUCAGAAUACUAAAAGUUUAUCUAAAACACGAAUACUAAUCUCAUCUUAAAUAAAAAAGGUUGUGCCAGAUAAACAUACUUCACUUAUUAAACGAAGACUUUGUUAAGUCUCAAAUGUUACUUGCAAGGCAUAAGAAAAAAUUGCAAAGUAGCUUCUCGCACCUCUCUUAUAUAUCCUCUACGAACUUAAAUUUCAUCAUUAUUCCUUUUUCCAUCAGAAAAUCAUUUCCCAAGGCCAAAGAAAAACAUAGAGAAUUAGAAAAGCAAAAAGUUUUGAAGAUAUGGAGAUCAAAGUUGUUGAAGAUCAUCAACUAAGUACUAAAGAAGAUAUCGAAAAGCCACUUCUAGAAGAAAACAAAGGCUUUCCCGAUGUAGAAAGAACAACAUGGAUACAAAAGGCAAUAGGACAAACAUUUCAAACCACAGCCCAUUUAGCUAAUCUCUUACCAACAGGAACUGUUCUCGCGUUUCAGCUCUUAUCUCCAAUUUUUUCAAACGGUGGUCAAUGCGAUUUAGCUUGCAAGAUCAUGACAUCAAGCCUAGUGGCGAUAUGUGGAUUCUCUUGCUUCAUACUUAGCUUCACAGAUUCUUACAAAGACAAAAACGGUACAUUUUGCUACGGAUUUGCAACAAUCCAUGGGUUUUGGAUCAUUGAUGGAUCCGCAACGCUUCCUCAAGAGUUAGCUAAAAACUAUAAACUAAGGUUUAUAGAUUUUGCUCAUGCAUUCAUGUCGUUUUUGGUGUUUGGUGCGGUGGUUUUAUUCGAUCGGAAUACGGUGAACUGUUUUUAUCCGGCACCGUCAGCGGAAGAGUUGGAGGUUCUCACGGCGUUGCCGGUAGGCGUUGGGGUGUUUUGUAGUAUGUUGUUCGCAACAUUUCCUACAACACGCAAUGGUAUUGGUUUUCCAGUUCCUGGUAAUAAAUGAUACCAGCAACAUGUUUACUUAUUUGUAAUUUGUUUGAUUCUUUCUUUAAUGAUCUCUUUACAUUACAAGGACGCUUCUAACAGAGAUGUACUCAAGUUAUUUAGAAAUAAUUUAUGCUACAAAUAACAUUUAUUGAUUUUGAAUAUGCAUAACUGAACAAAAUAAAAUAAAAAAGAGAGGUAAUUUAGAUUACCUCAUUUGGGGCCUCAACAAUGGUUGGGACACGGUCACCAGAAAGUUCUGGGAAUAAAUCUUUCCAUAUGAGAAAGAAGAAGCCGCACAGAGAUAACUCCGGCGCAGAAUCACCAGAUUAUACUGGGAAGGAUCACGAGCCUUAUUGCUCGGAAGUUGGGUACCAAUAUGGUAUCGAACCCUGGUGGGAGUUGUUACUCAAGUGAGACUCUACCACUUUGAACGGGCUCGAAUUGGUGGCAUUAGUUGUAUUUACU